CUUCAUCGUACAUAUUUCAUAAUGGACUUACCACUACACGAUUUACAUCAAUUCCAAGAUUUCAACAUCUUCGAUGAAGCUUUACAUGAUGAGUUUGAUAGACAACAUUUAUACAACUCAACUAUAUCGUUGGGGGAACAGGGGGGAGUAAGCACAGUGAAUACCGCUACGACGUUGCUAAGUGAACAAACGCCCUCGGGCAUACACGGGACCAUCCCUUUUGACGGAGAUCAUGGCUUCGCGCAAACCAUACUGGAACUAGAUGAUACCUUAACCAACGGGACGCGCCGAUUCGACCCGCCAGACGUUAGUUUCGACGACUUCUUCCGGAAUAAUGGGGCGUGGCGACCUCCUCAACCCUGUACUUACUGUAGACGUUUGCGCCUCCAGUGCUUCAUUCUUCAGACCACGUCAGCCAAUCCGAAUCCAGUCACAUCAUGUUCCAGUUGCGUAGCUCUCUUCAGGCAAUGCAGCCUAGCUGAGCGCCGAAAACGACAGCCAGCCGAAUUUGAGACACCUGAGCCAGUCAUCAAUAACUUGCAUGGAGUUAACGAAGAACUCGAAAUGAACCCAUCGACUUCUAGAGAUAACGUCACAGAACAACAACCUACGAAAGCAGUGCAAAUUUCGAGAAAAAGAACUUACUCGCGAUCCGUCAGGAAAACGCAUCUUCUGAGGACCUGGUAUUCGUGUCACCUUGAUCAUCCUUAUCCAUCGGAAGAGGAAAAGGAAUCUCUCGCUCAACGGUCUGGGCUGAGCAGGACCCAGGUUGGGGAUUGGUUCUCUAAUGCUCGUCGGCGACAACGAAUGUCUACAAGGACAGUCGAUAAGAUGAUUUUCCCCCAAGGAUCUCCUAUGCCUAGCCCACCUAUGUCAAGUAUGACUCCAUUUGAACGAUGGCGGCGUUCACCUCCCGACGAGGAGCCUGUCUCAGAGUCCGUUAUUCAAGAAGCCCUUGGGAUGCCCAUAGAAGGACUCGGUGCGCUGGAGGGGUUCGACGCCACCCAAAUUGAUGCGGGGCCUUCAUCUAGCAGCGGAGGCUCGGCUUUUGAUCUCCAUGCCCCGUGGCAUUAUCCGUCGUCAGAUUCAGCAUCUUCUUAUCACACAAACUCAUCGGCAGACGAACUAUCACUAUUUUCUGCCUCUACUCAUAGCAUAGGAAUGCUGAAUCGACGUGCAAGUGCCGCUUCGUCUCCACCAACGCCUGGGAAAGGUCGUAUAUUUCAGUGCACGUUAUGUCCCCGCAGUUUCACCAAGAAAUAUGACUGGCGCCGCCACGAAAGGGCUGUUCACCUCCUAACCAGCGAUGCGCCCCGGUGGGUUUGCGGCGUCCCAUUAUCAACCGGCCAGUCAUCGCACAUAUGGCGUCUCAAUCAACAAGAGCCCGAAUGCGUCUUUUGCGGACAAGUCUCCCCUACCGAAGAACACUUCCGGUCCCACGAGUUUGAGGCUUGUGCCGAGCGAGAGGGCUCGGAUCGCACUUUCGCUCGCAAAGACCAUCUGUGGCAACACCUGUUCAAGUUCCACGGAUGUCGGAAAUGGGAAGGGUGGAAGCCUGACUUGAACUUACUGCGGCGCGAUUAAUUUGGACGCGACCUUAAUCAAUCCUGUCGUACCAUUUAUACCCCCUUUUUCUAUUUUUAUUUUGAUACGUUUUACGCCAGGGCGGGAGGCUUUCUUUUCCAUUUUUUAGCCAUUUUCCAUCGUAAUCAGUUUCGAUAUGUCAAAAACGAUACCAGUAGGUAGGAAGAACUUAAGGUAGGGUUUCAUGAGUGUUCGACUCGGUAUCACAAAGAGGUCCAAAGGCGUACUUGCGAAAUACGAUUGACUAUUAGGUGGUAUAUAUUUCAACAUAUGCAUUAUCGUCAAAUACUACUACUUUCUUUCUCCGUUUUCC